AUCGUGAAGUGGCUGAACAACGUGUUUUGAACUUGAGGCAGAAGUUUCUGAAAAACCCAAACUUCCACACAGAGUAUUCGUCGUUUAUGGAUGGCAUCAUUGAAAGGGGCUAUGCUGUGAAAGUACCAGUGAAAGACCUCAACCGUGAGGAUGGUAAAGUUUGGUACCUGCCACACCAUGGGGUUUAUCAUCCCAAGAAGCACAAGCUCCGAGUGGUUUUUGACUGUGGCGCGUCAUACCAGGGCAUCACACUGAACAAUCAGCUGCUACAGGGACCGAAUCUCACCAGCACCCUCCUUGGUGUAAUCAACCGGUUCAGGCAAGAGGAAGUAGCUGUCAUAUCAGACGUCGAAGCUAUGUUCCACCAGGUUAAGGUGCCUGACGAAGACUCUGACCUUCUACGGUUCCUCUGGUGGACAUCAGGCGACAUCAGUCAGGAGUUAGUGGAGUACAAAAUGGUGGUGCAUCUGUUCGGAGCGACCUCAUCUCCAAGCUGUGCCAGCUUUGCAUUGCGCAAGUGUGCUGAAGACAACAGAGAUGAGUGCAACAACGAAGCAGUAGAAACGGUGCUCAACAAUUUCUACGUGGAUGACUGCUUGAAGUCAGUACACACAGAAAAGGAAGCUGUUCAGUUGUACUACACAUUAUGAGCUGUAUGUGAAAAAGGCGGAUUCAGACUUACCAAAUGGAUAAGCAAUAGCAGAGCACUGCUGUCGAUGAUUCCAGAAGAAAAGAGGGCAACAGAGGUUAAAGACCUUGACUUGGAUCGGGAUGUCCUUCCAACAGAGAGAGCCCUGGGAGUUUGCUGGUGUAUCCAGUCUGACAGUUUCAGGUUCAAAAUCAUCAUGUCAAAUAAGACUCCAACCAGGAGAAACAUCCUGUCCAUUGUAAGCUCUGUUUAUGACCCAUUGGGUAUUUUGGCCCCAGUCACACUCACAGCAAAGAAAAUCCUGCAAGAGCUUUGCAGAAUGAAGUUAAGCUGGGAUACCCUCAUACCCGACGAACUCGCUCGUGAGUGGUCCAUGUGGAAAACUCAACUGUGCCAGUUGGAGAACAUCAGUGUCCCAAGAUGCUUCAAGCCUAAAGGCUUUGGUGAGUCCGUUUUUAACCAACUCCACCAUUUUGCAGAUGCGAGCGAAGAAGGUUAUGGGACGGUUAGUUACCUGGUACAAAGGAACAGCAACAAUGAAACCCAUUGUGCGUUUGUCAUGGGAAAAUCAAGAGUGGCUCCUCUCAAGCACAUGAAAGUCCCUUGACUGGAGCUCACUGCAGCUACCAUGGCUGCUCGCAUGGAUAAGACAUUGAGAACGGAACUGCAGCUUGAACUACAGGAAUCAGUGUUUUGGUCAGACAGUGCAACUGUGCUGAAAUACAUUCAAAACAAAACAAGCAGAUUUCGCACUUUUGUUGCUAAUCGUGUGGACACCAUCUUGAAAAUCUCUGAGCCACAUCAAUGGAGGUACCUUAAUACUUCACAGAACCCAGCUGACUGCGCGUCAAGGGGACUCGAUGCGAAGAAAAUCGUCCAAAGCCACACUUGGUUACAGGGGCCGGACUUUCUCUCUAAACCCACGGAAGAGUGGCCUGAAAACCUGGAACACCCUGGGGAUCUAACCAUGGAGGACCCAGAGGUAAGGAACGCCAUGGUUUGUGCAACUGCUACCGAAGAACAACGAGAUGCUGUACGAGAGCUCAUGCAGUACUUCUCAUCUUGGAUGUGCCUCAAGAAAGCGGUUGCCUGGCUGAUGAAAGUAAAGAGCAUUGUGCUGAGACUGAGUCGAAAGAUGAAAGAAUUAAGUGCUAUCAAAGGUACACCAGAAGUUGAGAUGGAAAUGAGGACCUUCAAGUCAGAUGUCAUGAGCGCUGACACUCAGAGACUCACUGUGGAGGAUCUUACAGAAGCUGAACAAGAGAUCAUUCGAUACUGCCAGAGAAAAACAUUUUCCAAGGAGAUCUCUGCACUUCAAAGAUGUGAAGGCAUAAAGAGAAGCAGUAGCCUGUUCAAGCUGAAUCCUGUUCUUCAUGAUGGCAUUCUCAGAGUUGGUGGGAGACUAAACAGGUCUGCUUUGCCUGAGGAGUCCAAGCGACCAGCAAUUCUGGACAAGAAUCUUCACGUCACAAACCUGAUCCUAAAAGAGAUCCAUGAAAACUUAGGUCACAGCGGCCACAAUCACGUGCUAUCCAAACUACGGACCAAGUACUGGAUCCCAGGUGCAAAUUCAGCAAUAAGGAGGAUCCUAUCCAAGUGCAUCAUCUGUCGACUGUGCUGCAGGACAACAGCAAAUGGCUGACUUACCUCGAGACAGAGUCAUGCCAGAUGGCCCUCCAUUUACCAACACUGGAGUGGACUACUUUGGCUCAUUUGAAGUAAAACGUAGGAGAAGCACAGUCAAGAGAUAUGGUGUUAUCUUUACGUGUCUGGCAGUUCGUGCUGUGCACUUAGAGGUUGCAUCAUCACUCGACACGGAUUCCUUUAUAAACGCUCUGCGUCGCUUUGUGGCAAGAAGAGGUCAGGUCAAAAUCCUGCACUCUGACAAUGGAACCAAUUUUGUUGGAGCCGAGCGUGAGCUAAAGAAAGCCAUUGAGGAAUGGAAUGUCUCCAAGAUUGAAAGCACCUUGCAUCAAAACGGCAUCCAGUGGAUAUUUAAUCCUCCCACUGGUUCCCACCAUGGAGGUGUUUGGGAGAGACUGAUCAAGUCAGUAAAAAAGAUUCUGAGUACCACACUGAAGGAACAGGUGCUUGAUGAGGAGAGCUUACACACCCUGCUAUGUGAGGCAGAAGCGAUUCUGAAUAGCAGGCCGAUAACCAAAGCUACCAGCGAUCCAAAUGACCUAGAAGCGCUGACGCCCAAUCACCUGUUGCUGCUCAAGCCCAAGCCAUCUCUGCCCCCAGGUCUUUUUGACAAACAAGAUCUGUAUGCACGAAAAAGAUGGAAACAGAUCCAGUAUAUGGCAGACCUAUUCUGGAAGCGAUGGGCAAGAGAAUAUCUUCCAGAACUGCAAGAGUGCCAAAAAUGGAACUAUCCAUACCGCAACUUCACCACUGGAGACAUUGUGGUAAUCGUUGAUGACUCAGCUCCACGCAACUCAUGGGUUACCGGAAGGGUCAUCCACACAGUGCCAGACAAAUUUGGGCUGGUACGCCAGGUCCGGAUUAAAACUAAGACCAACACUUUGGACAGACCCAUCACAAAAAUUUGUCUUUUACAAGAAGCUGAGUGAGGCAUGAAGCCCACUACCUAAAAGACUGUGAACAGGGACUGUUUUCACCUGAGGAUGUUAAGAUCUUUGGCUCCAUUUAAUUUGUUGUUUGGUAAUUGUGUCUAGUUAAGAGCACAAUUAGGGGCCGGUAUGUGGGAGCCAAGCUCAGUUUAUG